UGCCUGCAGCCACUUGGCCCAAUAGCUUUGGAGCGCGCGGGGUCCCGUGAGUGAAGCCGAAGCUGCGGAGAAGCAGGAGCGCGGGAGUUGGCGCGGCGCAGUCAUGGUGGGCCACCUGAGCGAGGGGGCCAUUGCGGUCAUAAUGCAACAGGGAGAUACAUCCAUAAAACCCAUCCUCCAAGUCAUUAACAUCCGUCCCAUUAUUACAGGGAGUAGUCCACCCCGUUAUCGACUGCUUAUGAGUGAUGGAUUGAACACUCUAUCCUCUUUCAUGUUGGCAACACAGUUGAACCCUCUGGUUGAGAAAGAACAAUUGUCUAGCAAUUGUAUUUGCCAGAUUAACCGAUUCAUUGUUAACACUCUGAAAGAUGGAAGGAGAGUAGUUAUUUUGAUGGAGUUAGAGAUUUUGAAAUCCGCUGAAGCAGUUGGAUUAAAGAUUGGCAAUCCCGUGCCCUAUAAUGAAGGACAUGGGCAGCAGCAGAUAGUUCCUUCCUCAGGACAUGGGCAGCAGCAGAUAGUUCCUUCCUCGGUCUCAGCGGCCAACCCACCAGCCAGCAAGCCCCAGCAGCAGAAUGGGAGCUCAGCAAUGGGUUCCACUGCAUCUAAGACUUAUGGUGUCUCAAAGACACUUGGAAAAGCUGGAGGUACCAGCCUCGUGAACAGCUCUGGAGGAACACAGGUCAAAGUGGUACCCAUUGCCAGCCUCACCCCUUACCAAUCCAAGUGGACUAUCUGUGCUCGAGUUACCAACAAAAGUCAGAUCCGUACCUGGAGCAAUUCCCGAGGGGAAGGGAAGCUUUUCUCCAUAGAACUAGUUGAUGAAAGUGGUGAAAUCAGAGCUACUGCUUUCAAUGAGCAAGUGGACAAGUUCUUUCCCCUUAUCGACAUGAACAAGGUCUAUUAUAUCUCCAAAGGCACCCUGAAGAUUGCUAACAAACAGUUCACAGCUGUUAAAAAUGACUAUGAGAUGACCUUCAACAAUGAGACUUCUGUCAUGCCCUGUGAACAUGGUCAUCAUUUACCUACAGUUCAGUUUGAUUUCACAGGGAUUAGUGAGCUGGAGAACAAGGCUAAAGACUCACUUAUAGACAUAAUUGGGAUCUGCAAGAGCUACGAAGAUGCCACCAAAAUCACAGUGAAAUCUAACAACAGAGAAGUUUCUAAGCGAAAUAUCUAUUUGAUGGACAUGUCAGGGAAAGUGGUCACCACUACUCUGUGGGGAGAGGAUGCUGAUAGAUUUGAUGGUUCUAGACAACCCGUGAUGGCUAUCAAAGGAGCCAGAGUUUCUGAUUUUGGUGGACGGAGCCUCUCUGUACUGUCUUCAAGCACGGUCAUUGUGAAUCCUGACAUCCCGGAGGCCUAUAAGCUUCGUGGAUGGUUUGACUCAGAAGGACAAGCCUUAGAUGGUGUUUCCAUCUCUGAUCUAAAGAGUGGAGGAAUAGGAGGGAGCAACACCAACUGGAAAACUUUAUUUGAGGUUAAAUCAGAGAACCUGGGCCAUGGUGACAAGGCCGACUACUUUAGCUCUGUGGCGACAGUAGUGUAUCUUCGCAAAGAGAACUGUAUGUAUCAGGCCUGCCCAACUCAGGACUGCAAUAAGAAAGUGAUUGACCAGCAGAAUGGAUUAUACCGCUGUGAAAAGUGCGACAGUGAAUUUCCCAGCUUCAAGUACCGCAUGAUCCUGUCAGUAAAUAUUGCUGAUUUUCAAGAGAAUCAGUGGGUCACUUGUUUCCAGGAAUCUGCAGAGACCAUCAUUGGACAAAGCACUGCUUAUCUUGGGGAGUUAAAAGAGAAGAAUGAGCAAGCAUUUGAGGAAGUUUUCCAGAAUGCCAACUUCCGAUCUUUCACAUUCAGGAUCAGGGUGAAACUGGAGACCUACAAUGAUUAUGUCGUCAUUACGGAGCGCAUGCACACAGAAGUGCUUGAGCCCUGGAACCAGACUGUGCACCCUUUCUGGGCAUCCCGUCAUCCUGCCUCUGAAGGACGAGUCUCGAAUUAAGGCCACCGUGAUGGACGUGAAGCCGGUGGACUACAGAGAAUAUGGCCGAAGGCUGAUCAUGAACAUCAGGAGAAAUGCGCUGAUGUGAGAAGAGCAGGGCUGAUGGGGUAGAAGUUUGGAGAGGCAAAGCUGAAAUGGAACCGCUUCCUUCCCCCCUCCCCGCGUGACGUUUCCACGUGAGCUGUGCGGCACAGAGAGCCUCUCUGAGGCGGCUGAAGCGCUUUCCUCCCUCGGGCGCCUCUUGGAGCCCAUCGUGCCCGCUGAUAGGCACGGCAGACGGGCUCCGACGGCUCUGGUGCAAACUCUCUGUCCCAGGGGGUCGGUGGCCCGUAAUGUAGUGCCGGCCACUCCCUCUGUCUUCAGGCUUUUGUCCAUUUUAUUAAGAUUUCAUUAUCUUCAAGCAGGAAUUAUGUCACAAGUAAUUGACCCUAACUCUGCAGACAGUGAAAGAAAUUAUGGAAUGAGGGUUUCCGCCUCUCCCGUGGCGACACCCUCACGACUUGGGCUCCCUCUCAGGAGGGGGGGCUGAGAAGCGGGUGUGCGGGGUCUGCACUGUAGUGUGAGUGUGUCUUUCUGGAAUGCAAAGGCUCUCUCUUUCGAGAGGUGCCACAUAGUUGUUAAUGCCUGGAAUGGUAAUAGGGUAGAAUUAUUAAUCAAAGACAUAUCUUUUAUAUCUGAAGAAUAUCCCUCCUUCAGGGUUUAAUAGGCUGAGUCAGAUGGGUCUGAUAUUCAUCAAAAUUGUCUCUUCUGAGGAAAGCUGAUAAGCAUUGACUUGCUGUCCCCCAGGGACAUCCCGGCAACUACAAAGCAUUGCUUUAAUUUUCACUUCAAUUAAUGUUGCUUUUGGGUUGGCGAAUGCACACUUUUUCUACCUGUACAUAUUUCUUACACUUGUAUGUUUCAUUUCUUGAUUAAAGCUAUGUUAAAUAGAAGGGAUUUUGAAGGAGAGGCCCUUUGUUUCCCCUGCUUUGUUUUAAUAAACAGAAUACUCUCUGCGUGUGAAUCCUA